AGAGUAAAGCUUAGUGUAACUUUGAGCCCUGUGUGAGCAACGGCUGAGUUCUGUCAAUAACACAACGCCAGUGCGCAUGCGCCCUUUCAGACGGUACUGAAUAUGGCACUAUACAUCAGGGCACUGCGAAUGCACUUAUGUGCAAAUCGCCACUUUUUCAAAACAACUGCAGUUUAUCACAAAAGGCACUCAUCUGAAAUUGUUUCCUCUAAGCCUAAGGCAAGCGCCAAGACUGAUGAUCAUGUUCUCUACACACAGGAGCACUUUGCAUUGAAGGACUCCUUAAGAAAGCUCAUCGAUCAGGAGAUUAACCCUCAUGUGGACAAAUGGGAGGAAGAGGGUCAGUUCCCUGCACAUAAAAUCUUCAAGAUCCUUGGGAACGCUGGAUUCCUGGGAGUCAGCAAACCAGUGGAAUAUGGAGGUCUGGGGUUGGACUUCAGCUACAGUGUGGCUGUGGCAGAGGAACUGGGCAACAUCAACUGUGGUGGCAUUCCUAUGGCUAUCGGGGUUCAGAGUGAUAUGGCUACUCCUGCGCUGGCCAGAUUUGGAUCCGAAGAGCUGAAAAAGGAGUUCUUGCUUCCGUCUAUAAUGGGAGACAAAGUGGCGUGCCUGGGAGUGAGCGAAGUCGGUGCUGGCUCUGAUGUUGCUAGCAUCAAGACAAAGGCAGUGCGCAAAGGAGACGAGUUUGUCAUUAAUGGAGGGAAAAUGUGGACCACUUCUGGAACACAAGCUGAUUGGAUGUGCCUGUUGGCCAAUACAAGUGAUGGACCACCACACAAGAACAAGUCCCUCAUCUGCCUCCCAAUGAGUUUGCCUGGUAUUCAUAUUGCCCGUAAAAUCGAAAAGCUGGGCAUGAGGUCCUCAGACACGGCAGAGGUGUUCUUCGAAGAUGUUCGUGUGCCAUGUAAAAACGUUAUUGGUCAAGAGGGAAUGGGCUUUACAUACCAGAUGCUGCAAUUCCAGGAAGAACGUCUUUGGGGAGUGGCCAAUAUUCUAACGAUGAUGGAAAAAGUGCUGCAAGAAACGAUCAACUACACUCGGCAGAGGAAAAUCUUCCAGCAGCCGGUGCUGUACCACCAGGUAGUGCAUUUCAGGUUAGCAGAGCUGCAGACUGAGAUCGAGCUCCUGCGCUCUCUGCUGUACUGUUGCACAGCGAUGUACAUUAAGGGCAACGAUGUGACAAAGUUGGCAAGCAUGGCAAAGCUGAAGGCAGGUCGUCUGGCACGUGAGCUAGGAGACAGCUGUCUGCAGUACUGGGGCGGGAUGGGAUUCACCAGCGAUGUGCUUGUGAGCAGGUUCUAUAGGGACUCCAGACUGAUGUCAAUAGGUGCAGGAGCAGAUGAAGUCAUGCUCUCAAUCAUCUGCAAGUACAUGGAUACCCUUCCCAGGAAAUAACACCACUGUGUCCUAUCAGUGUUUGUGCAAAAAAAAAAAAAAAGAAAAGAAAAAAGUGUUUUUAAAUUAGUUUGAACUAAAGCAGAACUCAUUUUGAUAAAGUAGGUUUUUCAAGACCUGAUUAUUGAUGAUUUCUAUUUUUAAUAAAAGACUAUUUUAGGAUUAUAAGUCACUUCCUGCCUUAACAGUUCAUGGAAAACCCAUCUAAAUGAGUACUUACCUGAAUUGUGAAUAUUGUAUAUUAAAGUCAUCACACAGAAUGUUUAGGCAUGACAUAACCCAUGAGAGACUGAGUGACAGCUUUUUCAGCCUGAAGUAUGGUCAUACUCAUGUAUAUGUUACAGUUUUUAAAAAAACAAUUAACACACUUAAUUGUUUUAGGACUUGACAGGAUUGAAUUGAAGUGAAUAGGUAACUGAUAUUGCUGAAUAAAUAUCAUUUACUUGUGUGUCUGUUAAAUGUGUAUAUAAACCAUUAAAUUACCUCCAACAUUUA